UGUGUAAGCAAGCUGGUAGUCCUGGUGCUCUACCUGGAGGAGGUGUGGAGGUGUGAAGGUAGCCAUCAAAAGCUAGUCUCCCUAGGAGCUAUCUCUGACCUCUUCUUCAUGUCUUGCCCUUCCCAACUCCAGAGCAUGAAUGGCAUCUCCUCAGGGACUGGGGAAUUUGGACCUGCUGAGAUUGGCCUGGUACCCAUGGAGGAAAAUUCCAUCUAUUCAUCCUGGCAGGAAAUGGGUGAGUUCUCGGUACUGGUCCAGAAGACCGAGGCGGCCACUCGCUGUCAGCUGAAAGGACCUUACCUCCUGGUGACUGGCAAGGACGCCAUCUACCUGAGCGAGCCCACCACUCCGCAGCCCCUCUACGUCUGGCCCUAUCACUUCCUGCGCAAGUUUGGCCACGACAAGGGAGUCUUCUCUUUCGAGGCUGGCCGGCGCUGUGACUCUGGUGAGGGCCUCUUUGCCUUCAGCUGCCCUCGGGCCUCGGAGAUCUGUAGCACUGUGGGGGCAGCUAUUGCUCGCCAGAGAGAGCUUCCUGGACCUGCUGCUUCCCGGCCCUGCCCCUUGUCCCGGGCCUCCUCCCUGCCCACCUUAGAGCCCAUGGGAGAGUUGCGGGAGGCCCCUUUUGGGCUAGAGGCCUGGGGAGGCCAACCAUCUAAUGGAAAGGCCCAGCUAGUCCUAGAGGCAGGUCCUCAGAGCCUGCCCCCCUGCCUGGGGACUACACUGCCAGAUGGGCCCACCUCGGCCAGCCCUUCAGGUUCUGCACUCUAUGCCUCCGUCUCUAAGUGGUCCAGCGGCCCUCUGCGCGCGGCUCCCGAUCCAGCCUCAGCUCCAGCUCCAGCGCCUAUCCCAGUGACUGAGCACCUGUAUGAAAACCUGUGCACCUUGGAGGAUGGCUGCAGCACUGAGCCAAGGGGGGAGUGCCCGCUGCAGGCUUCCCACGGUGGCCAUAAGGACUACCACAUCUAUGACAACAGUGAGUGUCUGAGCUGGCCUGGCCCCCAGGUCACCAUGGAUAGCACCCUGGAGGCCCAGUACCGCAGGCUACUCGAGUUGGACCUGAACGAGGAAGGUGAAGGCACAGAGGAGACUGAGGACAAUGGGCCCGGGCGCCUCGUGGGUCACUCAGGCUUCAAGGCCAAGCUCGUGACCCUGCUGAGCAGGGAGCGGAAGAAGGGCCCAGCUCAAAGGAACCAGGGACUAGGGCCAACAGAUGGACAAGGUUGAGAAAGCACCCUAUACCUGGGCUGUGACCCAGUCUCCCAGCUCUGUGCAGCAUCCCUUGCCCCUCAAAUCAUGUACAGUGUACAGAAGUUUCUUAAUAAAGGCCCUUUAGCCCCCAC